AUGAUAAAGGGUCGGACAGAAAUUUCAAUAUGUCGUUUCAGUGAAUUGAACAGUAAUGAAAAGAAAAGUGCACAUUUAAUUUCGGGAUAUGAUGUUGAAAUACAUCUAAGUAAUCUGAAAACUGUUGUGAAUGAAGCAAAUUUUACAAAUAAUCAGGUUUAUUCUCAAACUAUCCUCAACCAUGAUUGGGAAGAAAAAUAUCAUCUGGGCAACAUUGUUGCAGUCACUGGCGAAUAUGUUGCAUAUGCCGUCAAAGUUCAAACCGGAGACGAUGUUAUUUGUGUAUUUCAUAAACAACUGGAAUUUCGUUUUAUUAUCAAUCCACCUUUUAGUGGAUGUAUUACAGAUUUAGCAUUUUCAUUUUGUGAUGAUGUAUUAUUAGCUUGUAUUGAUGACGCAAAUCGUUUGAGAAUAUAUCGAAUUGAAAAAGUUGAAUUAUUGAAUGUCGCUGUGGCUUCUCAAUCCUACAUUAGUGAGACAAUCUUGACAUUAAAUCAGAUUGAAAACGGACAUUUAACAUAUGAAGAUAAUCAAGGACUUGUGACAUGUGUCUGUUUUUCACCAGAUGGUACAGCAAUUGGAACAGGUACAGAUACGGGAGAAAUUAAAUUUUUUUCGAUCAGUUUCGAUCAACCUAACUCAUGCAGAUGUCUUCACUGCUGGAUACCACAUGAUGGUCGUCCCAUUAGUUGUUUGUAUUUUCUUGACGAUCAUAAAAAUUUAACACAGGAUACACAAUUAUGGCGUUAUGCUAUAUCUGGUUGCGAUUUCAAUAGUGAAUUAAAAAUUUGGAUUUGUACGAAUUGGUGUUGCCUUCAAACUAUUCGAUUUCAGUAUUCACUUAUUGAAUCAUCCCACUUACAUUCUCAAUCAAAGCCUAUAUUGAAAUCAUCAAUUGAUUUAACAUCACGUUUUCUUGUUUUAUCAGAUAUCAAUCGAAAAUGUAUAUACGUUUUAACCAUUCAUCAAGAUGUUGAUCAAAUUCGAGCUGGAUUCACUUCAGUCAAUGAAUUUUUAGUAAAAGCUCCAGCAUUAAGUUUUGCAAUAACGGCUGCCGAUCGUUUAAAUCGAAAAAAAUUUUUAGAACAAUCACAUCAACAAAACGAAAAUAGCAUGGCUACUUAUGCCGUAAAAUUGUACAGUAUUCAUACAAAAUUUUUUCAAGAAUUGCUUGUAAUAUUUGAAACUAAAAAUUUCACAGGUAAUACUGUUAGACUACUGUCACCUAUAGUUCAUAAUCAUCAUACAUCAAAUGCAUUCAAUAAUAAUUCUCCACUAAUUAUUGAUGAUAUAAUGGAUGAUUUUCGUUUUGAUUCCAAUCGUUCCCAUUUGAUCACAGGAGAUCCAUCAUCGUUUCCUCCAUCUCAUUCGUCGGAUAGAUUACGAUUAGUAGGAGAUCUGAUGACUAUGCCAAAUUACAGUAUCGACGAUCUUCUUACACCAAAUAGUUCAUUGACAAACGUCACAAGGGAUACAAUACGUUCAAUUUUGACAACAGAUGGAUUGAACAAUGGUAUGCACAUUUCAACAACGUCGAUGAGUGAUCUAAUACAAAGUUUACUGCUAGGUAGUACAACUGCGUUCGAUCCCAUACAGCGAUCUGUUCAUCAUCAAACACCGUUAACAUCUCCACAACAACAAAUAACUGCGACAAAUUCACAAUUAUUAAAUAAUGAAAUUUAUCCACAUGGUCUUAUUCAAACAACAACAGCAACAGAUACUAUCAAUAAAACAACGAAACUCAACGGAUGCGCAACAUCAUCGUUCGAUUUAGAUACUAAAGUUGCUAAAAUAGUGGAUGAUACUGACGAUGUAGAUAAUGUAUUUUUGCCAAUAAAAACAAACGACGACGAUGAAUUUGUUCAAUUAGAUGAAAAUGGACAGGUAAAUGAAUCGUGUACACAAGGUCCUCUCUUAUCACAGCAGAACUACGGUGAGGCUUCAUUAUGGUCAAAAUCGUGUCAUUCUCGCAAUGAAAGUCCAAUGAAAGGCAUAAACGCAUCAGGUCGACAAGCAAUGAAUGAUUUUAGUGCUACUGAGACAAGUGACAAAGAUGAUGAUUCAACAGCUGAUGAAGAAGAACAACAACCGCAAACUCAUCCAAGAAUAAAACGUCGUGGAAGAUCACCAAAUUCAAUUCUUCCAUUACAAACAGGAUCUGUUGGAAGUGAAACAUUGCAUGCUAUUCGAGAAUUAUCUAGUCAAUUAAAUUCAUUUCGUUCAAAUUAUCCUAUUCAGCCGCCGCCUCCAACAUCUUCCUCAACAACAACAUCGGCAGCAAUACACACUCAAGAUCACGGAGAAAAACUCGAACGAUGUUGUCAACGAAUUGAACAAUUAUCAAAUAAAUUUGAUCGAUUUGCAAUAUUUGACCAGCAGCAAAUAGCAGCUGUAAAAGCUGUUUUUGAGCCAUAUAAAGAUUUGAAAGACAAUUUACACAAAGAUCUUGCUCAUAAAUUGUUAGCAACUGAUAAUGUAAUUAAAUCAACAAUGACACAAAUAUUUCGAUCAAAAACAAUGAUUGAUUCAUUAUCUAAUGCGGUUGCCGGUGCUGUUCAAUCAACAAUGAUUUCGACUUAUCGUGAUGCAUUUAAUCAAAUUGUGAUACCAUCAUUUGAAAAAGCUGCACUUAAUAUGUUUCAACAAUGUAAUGAAGCAUUUAAAAAAGGAACAAAAGAAUAUAUACAAGAAAUGGCUGAAAACAGUCGUCAGCAACAACGUUCAUUACAACAGCAACGUGAACAAAUGUUAUCUGAAAUUAGAAAAGAGACAACAACUUUGCUUAAAGAUUUUGAACAUAAAUGUGAAGAACUUUGUCUGAUGGUUAAAAAUGAUCUUAAUCAAUAUAUGGCAACAAAUUUAACAUCAAUUAUACGUGAAACAUCUCAAACCGUUCUAAAAGUUGAAAUGUCAUUAUUGUUACGUGAAUCAUUUGCUAAUCAAAAAAACGAUAUUAAUAAUCUUCUACUCCAACAUUUUCAACGACAUCAACAACAGCUACAACGAUCUCAACCAUCUCCACAACAAACUGUUCCAUCUAAAUCUCGAUCAGUUGCUAGUCGUACAACCACACCAUUACCUGUUUUAAAUGAUAAUCAACAACAACAGUACGAAACAAAACAGCAGCACGUUUUGAAUCUUGUUCGACAUGCACAAUUAAAUCAAGCAUUCGAAUUUGCAUUGUCUGCUGGCGAUUUGAAUCUUGUCAUGUUUUUAUGUGAAAAUGUUCGUCCAUCUCAAUUAUUUUCUCUUCAUCCACUUCCGUUAGAAACACCCGUUCUAUUAUCAUUAAUACAGCAAUUAGCUGCAGAUUUAGGCCAUCAUCAAGAAUUAAAAUACAAUUAUCUUCAAGAAGCUCUCAUCUGUCUUGAUUUAUCUCAUCCCAGUGUUAGAGAAUUUUUACACACUGUUUUAAUCGACUUGAAUACCAGACUUUAUGCUUAUAUUCAGACAAAUUCAACAACACCUAUGGCAAAAAAAUUCCAGUUGUUAUUAAUGGCUUCUCAAGGACUUGUACAGCGAAUAGCACAACAACGAGCGACUCCUGCUCUUCCUCAACCAACAAAAUCUUCUGUUUAA